GCUUCCAUGUAUCAUUCCUCGCUUCUUCCAUUUCAGUUUCAACUUCUCUCUCUUCUUUCUCUCUCUACAUCUCUACAUAACAAAAAUUUUUUCAGAUAAAUCAUAUAUGCAACAAUAUCUUUUUGCUCCUUCCAAUCUCUCAUGGCGGGUUCAAGGCCCUCCUCUCUCUCUUCCCUGUCUUCUUCUCAGAACUUCACUUCUCGUCUCUUAUUCCUCCUCACUCUCCUUCCCUUAACGCUUGCCGCAUUUGCUUUUAUUCUUCAAUGGCGUGGUGGAUUGACCGACCCACUUUCUCGUUGGUCGCCUGACCACCAUGAGUUUCCUGGAAUGGAAACCGCCUCCUCUUCCGCCUCUCUCUCGAGAAUUAAGGAUUCUGGUUGUAGAGAUCCUCUGGGUCGCAGCCAUGAUCCGUCGUUUCCUUAUUACAGGAACUGGAAAUUCGAUUUCGGGUCUGAUCUGAAGCCCAAGAUAUGUAUAACUUCAAGUACUUCUGCAGGCUUAGAACAAACUUUGCCAUGGAUAUUUUAUCACAAAUUUAUUGGAGUUUCUUCCUUUUUCCUUUUCGUUGAGGGCAAGGCUGCCUCUCCUAAUGUAACUAAAGUUCUAGAAACGAUACCAGGUGUGAAAGUUAUAUACCGAACAAGAGAACUAGAAGAAAAACAAGCUAGAAGCCGGAUCUGGAAUGAGACUUGGUUGGCAAGCUUCUUUUACAAACCAUGUAACUAUGAGUUAUUUGUCAAGCAAUCCCUCAACAUGGAAAUGGCAAUUGUCUUGGCAAGGGAGGCUGGAAUGGACUGGAUUAUCCAUCUUGAUACUGAUGAGCUACUACAUCCUGCGGGAGCUCGUGAAUAUUCUUUGAGACACUUGCUUUCAGAUGUGCCUGGAAAGAUUGAUAUGGUUAUCUUUCCAAAUUAUGAGAGUGGUGUUGAGCGAGACGAUGUCAAAGAGCCUUUCAGCGAGGUUUCACUGUUCAAGAAGAAUUAUGACCAUCUUCCAAAAGAAGUAUAUUUUGGAAAUUACAAAGAAGCAACUCGUGGUAAUCCAAACUACUUUCUGACAUAUGGAAAUGGGAAGGCUGCAGCCCGAAUUCAAGAUCAUCUUCGCCCUAAUGGUGCACAUAGAUGGCAUAACUAUAUGAAGAUUCCAAACGAGAUCAAAUUGGAUGAUGCUGCUGUUCUGCAUUACACAUACACAAAAUUUUCUGAUUUGACUUCAAGACGGGAUCGGUGUGGUUGCAAGCCUACAAAGGAUGAUGUUAAAAGAUGCUUUAUGUUGGAAUUUGACAGAGCUGCUUUCAUAAUUGCUUCAACAGCAACGGAAGAGGAGAUGCUUCACUGGUACCGGGAACGUGUUGUAUGGACUGACCAAUCACUGAAGAUUAAACUCAUGAAGAAGGGCAUCUUGACUCGCAUUUAUGCUCCAAUGAUUAUAGUCCAGGGACUCAGGGAAUCUGGUAUAUUCAGUAAUGUCAUAGCAAUGUCACACAAAAACCUAACAGAGUUCAUUUCAUCUGUUGAGCAUAGUAAAUCUUCUAAAGCAGUUUCAUCAGGCGAGAAUAGUUAUAUUUCCAAUGCAACUGAAUCUGGAGUUAUUUCUUCGCGAAAGAUUGGUCAACAUGGAAAAUCCAACACAACUGCAAGACGAGUCCUGCAGAUAAAUGACAACACAUCUUUUCCCUCAGCUGUUCCACCACAAUCUCCUCCUGGCCCGGAAGAUAUUCAGGUAGAGAUUUUUUGACAUUAAAUCCACAACGACCUUUGCCUCCUUCGCAGCAUUACUCCUUGCUGUAGCUUGAGAAAGGAUCAAGCAUUGGAAAAUUAGACACCAAGGGAAUGAGUAAAGGUAACAUAGGAAGUGGAUGAUGGUGCAUUUUAGUUUUUGGUUGGAUGGGGCUCUUCCCGAUCGUUACCCAAGCGCUGGCAUACAUAUCUGAGUAGAUAAUAGACUAUAUAGAGUGAAAGGUGUAGAUCGGUAUCUGAUUACAUUUGGCGAAUUUGUCUUCUUUGGCAGUUUUUGUAAAUGCCUUGGCUGAUUGCAUUUGGUCUGCAAUUGAAAAUCAUGCUAGUUCAAGUGCUUUAUACACAUCUUGAGGGAAUGCAUGAUUGUAACAUUCUCCAUUCUUGAUACAGCAAUUAUUAAUUGAAAUUUCAACUGUUCCUUCUCUUUUA